UCUCGACUCGCUCUCCUAUAUAUAUCUCACCCGCACUGCAUUGCUGCGUUUUUAAGUAGCUGUUCUUGUCCUCUUGGAUCUUCCAGCGAGGAAUUGAGUUCAGAACUGAAUUCAGAAUUAACGAGGCCAGGUUUUAAUUCCUAGUCGAGCACACAGAGAUGGGUACUCCAGAUAAGAAUCAAAGUAAAGGUUUUUUAGCGGCCAUGACCUCGGGUUUAUCCAUGUUUGGCAACGCUAUGCACAGAUCUGUUAAUGGAUUGCUUGGUUAUGAAGGGGUAGAAGUCAUAAAUCCAGAGGGUGGUAAAGAUGACGCAGAGGAAGAAGCUCAGAGAGGAAGAUGGAAGCAGGAGGAACGAGAUAGCUAUUGGAAAAUGAUGCACAAAUACAUAGGCUCAGAUGUUACAUCUAUGGUGACACUUCCUGUCCUAAUUUUUGAGCCAAUGACCAUGCUUCAAAAAAUGGCAGAGUUGAUGGAAUACUCCUACUUGUUAGAUCAAGCAGAUAAAUGCGAGGAUCCUUACAUGCGUUUGGUGUAUGCUUCAUCAUGGGCUAUUUCUGUUUACUAUGCCUACCAACGAACAUGGAAACCGUUUAAUCCCAUUCUUGGAGAGACUUAUGAAAUGGUUAAUCAUGGUGGGAUUACGUUUAUUGCAGAGCAGGUUAGUCAUCAUCCCCCUAUGAGUGCUGGACAUGCUGAAAAUGAGCAUUUUACUUAUGAUGUGACAUCAAAGUUAAAAACUAAAUUUUUGGGAAACUCUCUUGACGUUUACCCAGUUGGAAGAACACGAGUGACUCUAAAAAGAGAUAAUGUGGUUUUAGAUCUAGUGCCACCUCCUACGAAGGUAAACAAUCUAAUUUUUGGACGGACUUGGGUUGAUUCACCUGGCGAGAUGAUAAUGACAAAUUUGACUACUGAAGACAAAGUUGUUCUAUAUUUCCAACCAUGCAGCUGGUUUGGUGCUGGUCGCUAUGAAGUGGAUGGAUAUGUUUAUAAUGCUGCUGAAGAGCCAAAAAUAUUGAUGACAGGGAAGUGGAAUGAGUCAAUGAGCUAUCAACCAUGUGAUAUGGAAGGAGAACCUCUUCCAGGCUCAGAAUUGAAAGAGGUCUGGCAUGUUGCUGAUGCUCCAGCAAAUGAUAAAUUUCAGUAUACUUAUUUUGCACAUAAAAUUAACAGCUUUGACACAGCUCCUAGGAAGUUGUUGGCAUCUGAUUCUCGUCUGCGCCCUGAUAGAUUAGCACUUGAGAAGAGUGAUCUAUCGAAAGCUGGUGCGGAAAAGAGCAGUUUGGAGGAAAGGCAGAGAGCUGAAAAAAGAGAACGAGAGGCUAAAGGCCAUAAAUUUAUACCAAGAUGGUUUGAUAUGACUGAUGAGGUUACACCUACACCAUGGGGUGACUUGGAAGUCUACCAGUACAACGGUAAAUAUGCUGAACAUAGGGCUUCUUUGGACGGCUCAGACAGCAUAGAAGAGGUUGAUGUCCAAUCAAUUGAAUUCAACCCUUGGUAGUAUGGUAACUUUUCUGCAGAAUGAAGUCCUAAUGUCUUAAUGUUUGCUUGGGUUUAUGCAGUUGGUUAACUCAUGUUGAAAGUAGAUGCUCUUUGUUGGCUUCUGUACAUUGUAUUUCCAUUUCUACAAUCAAUUUGCAAUUGGGUUUGAGACGUUUUAUUUUUCUAAUUAUCUUAGUCUUGUAAGAGUCUUUUUAGGGGCUUAUUUGUUUUCUUAUUCCAUUUUUCUGAUAAAUCCAAUCUCCCCUCUUUUGCUAA